AGAUAAAAAUAUCUCAGCUGAGCAGACAUGAUUCUCUCUGUGCUUUUAUUUUGUCUUCUUCACACCGUCAUGGCUGAAAACAAACUCGUCUCUGUGGACUUUGAGAUCUUUGGGAACGUGCAGGGUGUCUGCUUCAGGAUGUACACGGAGGAUCACGGUAGCAGUCUGGGACUCAGCGGCUGGGUGAAGAACACCAGACAGGGCACUGUGAUUGGUCAGGUCCAGGGACCAAGGGACAAAGUCAGUGACAUGAAGCACUGGCUGAAGAGCGUCGGCAGUCCGAGUUCCCGAAUUGAUCGAGCUGUUUUCUCCAACGAGCGAGAGAUUUCCAAACUUGAGAUCCGCGGGUUCACUACUCGCUACUGAGCAUGCUCACACACCUCAGAGGUCACGAGAUCUGCAGCUGACACCCAAGUGUUGAUUAUUGAUCAGUGAUGUCACGGUUUCUAAUGUUUAUGCUGAUCAGAGAAAUAAAGUGUAAAACUACCAAACAUUUCCUGUGUCGCCGCAGAGAACAAACUGAAGCGUUUUUCUGUGACACACAAUCUAUACUGACAACUGCUUCCACCAGGGGGCGGCGUUUGAC